AAUAAGUCUGUUUUUUAAGGAUGGUGCGCAAUACGCACCGUACGUGCCUCAGGCAGAAGCGUGGCAUGUACUUCUGAUUUAUUUUUUAUUUUUUAAAAGAAAAUGUAGAUGUUCAUCCAUUUCCAUGUGCCUGCGAGUAGGGUUCGGAUGCAAUGUCGGAUCCGUACGAGAGAGCGAAGGGAGGGAGGCUUACCUUCAAAGGCGGCGACCUCGCCAGUCGCAGCAAAUCCAUCGACAAGCACAGGAAGAAGAAGAAGCAGAAAAAGAAGGAAGAAGCUAAGAACCGCGACGAAGAAGCGGGUGCCGCGGGCGAUCCGGAGCACGAUUUUGGCGAAGUCGCUGCCGACGGCGGCGACGGAGGUGGAGGAGAUAUAUACACGAUCGACGCCGCGAAGCGCAUGAAGUACGACGAGCUCUUCCCGGUUGAGGCGAAGAAGUUCGGUUACGAUCCCAAGUCGAAGUCCAAAUCCGUGGAAGAUGCCCUCGACGACCGCGUGAAGAAGAAGGCCGAUCGCUACUGUAAAUAAGUAUGUAUCUAUUGUAUCGAUGCACUCGACGUCAAUUUCUCACUCAUCUUUUUUAAAAUCAUCAUCGUCAAUUCAUCAUACUGGAUUCUUCUGAGUUAAAAUUGAAUGGUGGGUUAUGUUA